CUCUGUUGGAAUUUGCCAAACCUGGAGAGAAGCCUGUGCUGUUGGAACCAACUUAUUCUAGGGGGUGAUGGGAGUCCCCUUGUUCCUACCUCUUCUUGCCACUGGGAGUGAGUGGGCUGACUCCAAGCCUUCACAGACUCUGGGCCCUAUGCUACUGUGGACAGCUGUGCUGUUUCUGGCUCCUGUUGCUGGGAUACCUGAUCUCCCGAAGGCUGUGGUGAAACUUGAGCCCCCAUGGAUCCAGGUGCUGCAGGAAGACAAUGUGACACUGAAAUGUCAAGGGACCCGCAAUCCUGAGAACCACCACUCUACUCAGUGGUUCCACAAUGGGAGCCUCAUCCCAGGCCAGACUCAGCCCAGCUACAAGUUUAAGGCCAAGAACAAUAACAAUGGGGAGUACCGGUGUCAAAUGGACAAGACAAGCCUCAGUGACCCCGUGCAUCUGGAUGUAUUUUCUGACUGGCUGCUGCUCCAGACCUCUCAACUGGUGUUCCAGGAGGGGGACACCAUUGUUUUGAGGUGCCACAGCUGGAAGAACAACCCUCUGAACAAGAUCACAUUCUACCAGAAUGGAAAUUCCAAGCAGUUUUCCCAUUUCAAUGCCAACUUCUCCAUCCUGUCAGCAAACCGCAGUCACAGUGGUGAUUACUCCUGCAGAGGAAGUGUAGGGAGGACGCCGUACUCAUCAAAAUCUGUGACCAUCACUGUCCAAAGGCUCAAGUCGACCCACCCUUUACUGGAAAUGAUCAUUGUGCCUGUGGUUAUCGGGAUUGUUGUAGUAGCCAUUGUGGCUAUUGUAGUAGUCACGAUCUACCUCAAGCGAAAGCGGACUUCAGCUCUCUCAGGAAACCCUGAGCACAGGGAAAUGGGAGACACCCUCCCUGAGGAACUAGGUGAGUACAGCAUUCCCUCUGGGGGCUCAGUGAUGUUCCACCCAGGGCUGCCAGAUGGAUCGGAGCCAGCAACAAGUGGCUUAUCCAAUGUCACUGACUCUGAGGAUGCUGCCAAAACUGGAGCUGAGAACACAAUCACUUAUUCACUUCUCAUGCACCCGGAAGCUCCAGAGGAAGAGCCAGAUUAUCAGAACCGAAUUUAGUCUCCAUUGUCUUACCCCUGGUAUUUCUGGAAGAGAUUCAAAAGAAGCAAGGAUCUGGUGUCUACUGGCCUAAAUCCCCCUUGGAGAGGUGGAGGGAAUACUGCAGGAGGACUAUUCCAGAGUUACCUCUGUGAGUCCUCAUGUUUUCUGUCCUGAAACCAACAGAAAAUAUGGUCCCCAAUGGCUGACUACUGAAUCCAUCUGUGCCUCAGCACUUCCCAACAUGAAGACUCUUGGGUUAUACGUCCACACAGCCACAAUAUCACUAAUAAAAUUACUGUCACUAGGAGAUAGUAGCAACAUGGAAAAAAAACGCUUAUGUUACAGGUUACAUGAGAAUGCUUAAAUAAGAAUGUAUGACAUCAGAAAUGAUAAGAGACCAACAUAUACCAAGAUAUUAAAAGUGAUUAUUUUAGGGUGAUGGAAUUAUCAGUGAUUUUAAUUUUCAUUCUUAUUUCUCUGUUGAGAUCAUGUAUUACUUCUAUAGUGAAAUACUAUGAAAACAACGUUGCUUACUUUUUCAAGGCUACAUUGGUGGGAGUGUAGACUGAGCUCCCCGGGGUCCAUUUCUCUUCAAUGAUAAGAAUCUGGGGAAGAUAGAAAUGGGUAGGAUGUGGAAGACAAUGUGGAUUCGGAAUGUUAAAACUGACCUUUUUUCUGCUCAACUUCUGUUGCUUUUUUUUUUCUUUUGUACUGGGGAUUUAACCCAUGAGUGCUUAACCACUCGGGUACAUCUCAAGCUCUUUUUACUUUUCAUUUUGAGACAGGCUCUCACUAAGUUGCUUAGGGCCUCACUAAGUUGCUGAGGCUGGCUUUGAACUUGAGAUCCUCCUGCCUCAGCCUUCCCAGCCACAGGGAUUAAAGACCUGUGCUACCGUGCCUGACUCAAUUUCUAUUCUUAUUCCAUGUCCUCUUCCCUUUUAUCCUAUGUAGAACAAAAGUAUCACUGUGUUUUGUAAUUAAUAGUUUUCAGAAAGUCAAACUUCAGGUGAGUCCUCUGUGAGGAAUGGGCACUCCCUGCUGGGCUAUUGACCUCAGAGGAGCCAUUCCUCCUAGGUUAGAAUUGUGACUGCCAGAUUUCUUGGGGAUUUAGUGAGUGCCCUUUGAAGAGGCUUCCUUUUUGGUGGAAUAUAACAGCAUCAUUGUGAAAAGUUCUUGCAUUCAGUAUUUUGAACUUUGUUGGGAAUGGCCAUAGAUUUCUGUGAUACUCAUUUUUUAUGGUCACAUAAUCAGAUUUCUUAUGCAUAUAUUGUUGUAAUAAUAAGAAUCAUUAAUUACAAUUAGUGAGUUAUUAAAGGUUUACUUUAUGACAAAUUAUAUUCUUUAAAAUUUAGAGAGUUUAAGAUUAUUAACCAUUUAUAUUUCUUCUUUUGUGAUUUUCCUAUUCAUAUAUUUUCUUUGCCCGAUUUUGUAGAUACAUGGGUCUGUUUCUUUAUUUAUAAAUUACAGAGUAGUAACUUCUUUACUUUUAUUUAUAUGUAAAUUCUUUCACCAUACUAAUAAUAUAUUCUUUUAUAUAAAUUAAAAUACAGAUCAGCAACAAAAUUUUAUAUCAUGUAUAAAUCCACAAACCAGAAAUAAUUAAUGCUAACAUUUGAUAUAUCAAAACACAUUUCUGUCUGCCACAAUAAGUUUAUGUAUUUUUAAAGUUGCUUCAUAUUAUAUAUGUUCAUGUUCAUAAAAAAAAAAUGAGGCAAAAACUCAUGCUCAUUGUAGCACAAGUUCAAAUAAUACAGAAAUACAAAGAAUAAAAGUGAAUGGUUUCUUUUUGUGCUUACUCCCCUUAAUCUUCUUCCCCUUUGUAUAAGUGACCAUUGUUGAAGUUUUGGUUUACAUUAUGAAUUUAUAUAUAUUAAACUUGUAAUAUAAUA